AUGACAGCGAUCCUGCUUUCACAUCCGUCGUACAAAGAUUACUUGCGGAUUUUAAAGCCUGACUCUAUGGAUUAUGGAGACUUGAUCAGCAGUUUGCCGGAUGAGGUUCUUGGCAAGAUCUUGUCGUUGAUUCCGACAAAACUUGCUGUAUCCACAUCUGUUCUGUCCAAGAGGUGGAGGAAUCUGCUCUUUCUUGUAGACAACUUUGAUUUGGAAGACUCAGCAACUUCAAGUGAUGCCUUCUCUGAUUUCAUGGAGAAAACAGUGGCUCUGUUCAACACUCUUCCUAUCAAGAGACUCUCUGUGAAUGGCAAUUAUAAAACAUCUCUCGUUAACCGUUGGAUUCACACCGCACUCCAACGCGGCUGCUUGGAGCUAAACUUGCAAUGCAAGUAUGGUCAUUCUAUGGAUAUAAAAAUUCUCUCUGGUAACAAACUAGUUAAACUCACACUAUCCGAUGGAAUUGAACUCGAAGGGGAUGUUCCUCAUGAGGGCACAGUGUAUUUCCCAGCGCUCAGGACACUUUCUCUCGGUGCACUCGUGGCUGAUCCAGAACUCUACACGUGGCUCAUCUCUGGCUGCCCAAUGCUGGAGGAGUUGUUCAUACGUGAUGGUGGUGAUGACUGGCGUCCAACAUGGACGAGGUCUGUGUCGAGUGAGUCCAUCAAGCGACUCACGAUUUGUUUCCAUGUUCCUGAUGACACCUGGGCUUAUCAAGAACAUGUUUUGAUCAAGACACCGAGUCUUGUGUGUCUUGACUACUCUGCUCUUGUCUCCCAAGGCUAUUAUAUUGAUGAUAUGGAAGCGCUUGUUGAAGCUAGACUUGAUCUUCGGUUGUGGGAGUCAACUACUAUUUAUGAUUAUGAAGUUGAGGGUGAUUCAGAGCAUGUUUUUGAUCAUGUUUUUGGCAAUGUUACAAUUCUUGUUGUUGGGAUAAGAAACGUUAAGACCCUUCACCUAUCUGCCUAUUCUAUUGAGGCAUUACACUUCUGCUGUGAUUCCAUGCCUGUGUUCAACGGCCUCCGUCAUCUAUCUAUUGAGAGCGACAAGGAACAAGGAUGGCAAUCAUUGCCUUAUCUGUUAGAAAACUCUCCAAAUCUACAAACUCUUGUUAUAAAGGGUCUUUUGCACAGAGUUUCUAGUAGAUGUGGAGACGCAUGCUGUUGCAUUAGUAGCAAGAAGAAGGAUAGAGAAUCGUCUUGUUUAUGGGCAUGUGGAGUGAAGGUGCUAGAGAUUUCAGGGUAUGGAGGAAGUUAUAGAGAGUUGGAACAAAUGAGGCAUUUCUUAGGAAAUUUGAAAUGUCUUGAGACGGUGAAAAUUGGUGUUGAAGAGGACAACAACAACAACAACAAUCUGCAAGCCAAUCUAAUGACUCUUCAUAGAGCUUCAUCCAAAUGUAACAUCCAGUUUAUAUGA